AUGGCUGUUGACGACCAGCAGAAAUCGGAGAAGCACCUCAGAUUGUACUUGGCAAGUCGGCCACGGAAGCAGGGGAGGCUCGAAGAACACUAUGGUUCUGAGCAAAGCCCAGAGAAGCAGUAUUCCCAGCUGCAUGAGCUCCUUCGCGCAAGAGCGACUCCCGCCGAUGCUGCGGCUGCCUCGACAGAUCUGACCGUUCUCAUCGACUACUUGGAGGAUGAAGUGGCCGACAAGCAGCUGAAAGAGAGAGCAGAACAGUGGGCUGCAGGCAUGAAGACUGGCUCCAUUCCAGAAGGCAUACAGUACAGCUAUAACUAUGAAGGCCAGGCCGCGAUGGACCAUUACGUGUCGCAGAUUGUAGCUGCCUUGCGGGACUUCCCUUUUCUCCAACUGGAUGGUGGGAGGCAACAGGGCCACUGGGUGCGGGACGUACUCGUUGCUCCCCUUUUUGACGGCUACUGGGAUUUCUACUCGAACCGGAAAGUCAGCGGCUUCAACUUGCAGGAGUUUUACCUGUUGCUGGCAGGUCCGGGUAUGCUUCUGGAGAGGCUGAAGCACGCUCGCAAGAUGCUGCAAGCAUAG